CCCCAAACAGAAACCCGUUUAGCUUUCAAUAACCAGAGAGACGAUGAUAUACACUUUCCAAGUUCCUCAAGCUUAUAUACUCUCUCUAUCUCUCUUCUGAUUUCAACUGGGUUUUAUUUUUAAUUAUACUUGGGACUUGUGGGUUUUGAAGAUUGUAUGAUUAUCCAAGAGCUAGCUCUGUAGGGUUUAAGGGAUUCUUCUGGGUUUUGCUUACAUUAGCGAAGAUGAUGCUUCAGUUUCGAGACCCAGCAAAUCUUAAGACCAAGAAGAUUGUGUUUGAAGAGGCAUAUGUUGCUCGUGAUUCUGCAACACUUGAACAGCUGAAAGAGUUGAGCUCUAAGCGCAGGAUUCUCGUGGAGUCUACUAAUAAGAGCAGUCCCAUUACUAAGGCCAUUGCAAGGGAAAUGUCUGGAGGGUUAACUUCACAGUCUGAACAGGUUCUUCAAAAACUAGAACUGUAUCUUCCUGUGUUGGAAAAUUUGCUCUUUCACAUUGAUUCAGUCAGCAGCAACGGACAGAUAGUUCAGUGGACUUCAGAACUUAAGAUACAAUGGACUAGUGCUCUUAGUUCAUCGUCCUUCUUUAAGUUUGGAGGUUCUAAAUAUUUUCAAAUGGAUAACUUGCGAUUUGAGAUUGUUAUGACUCUUUUCCUCUAUGGCGCAAUCCUUCGGGAGAGAGCAUCAGAAGUUCUUCCAUCAGAUGUUUUGCAAUCCGUGACCCUUUUCAGAGAAGCUGCUGGUGUUUAUUACUGUCUUGCUCAUGAGGUCCUUCCUUCUCUACAGCCUUCAGUCCCUGUGGAAAAGCCACCAGAAGUUGUCCCAUCUGUGUCCACUGUCAUAAGCCUUAUUUGUUUGGCUGAGGCCCAGGCAGUAACAAUAAAGAGGGCUGAAGAAAAAGGUACCAGUUUUGGUCUUUUGGCAAAGCUUCACUAUGGUAUUGUAGAGUUGCUUGAUGAAGCCACAGAUUCUUUACAUACAGCUUCCAUGGAAUGCAAAGAUAUCUCUUCGUUCUUAGUGGAAUUCAUCACAUCUUGCAAAGUGUUACAUGAGUUAAAAAGUCAGAAAUACUUGGCUGAAAGCCUGAAGAAUGAUGGCCAAUUCGGGGUUGCUGUUGGACUCCUUCGACGUGCACUGAUCAAUGCGAAAAGGAAAAUACCAAGUGAACAAUCUUGGAAAUCUGUUAUCAAGAAGGAAAUCGAUAAUUUUGCCGAAUUACUCAGGAAGCAUGAACAUGAAAAUGAAUUUGUGUGGCAUGAGAAAGUCCCCUCUGGUGAUGAGUUGCCAAAACCAGAUGGUAACAAAAUCGCCAGUAUUAUACCUUACAUUCCCAAAAGAUGGGAAAGAGAACUUGCUUUCAAGAUAUAAAUGUAAGAAGAAAAAAACUAAUCGUAAAGUGUUCUUGGCCUCCUUAGGCCCUCAGACGAAACAAAAGCAAAUUAAGAUCAAUGGCUUCCUCAUUC